AAGGCGCUCUCGGAGAACUACAAGCGCGCGUCGCUUCGCGGUGCCUGCCGGGACAGUAGUCUGCGUUUGGGGAGCUUCCUCCGAGGAAGCGCGGCCGGGACUGGGGUGGUCGCUUCGAUGUCUGUACCGGUGUCCGGCCUUGGUGUCUCAGAGAGUGCGCUCUGAAGACCUGCUGUCCCGGAAUACGCUUGUGAGCACGCGAAGGUAGUUGGAGUCCCCUGACAAUGGAUAAAUUCGUCAUUCGAACGCCCAGAGCUCAGACUAGCCCAAAGAAGAAAAAUGCUGGAGGGAAGAUAUACAAGCAGGCCACGAUUGAAUCCCUGAAGAGAGUUGUGGUUGUGGAAGACAUAAAAAGAUGGAAAACUAUGUUGGAGCUUCCUAAUCAAAGCAAAGAGAAUCUAGUUGAAGCCUUACAGGAAUUAAAGAAGAAGAUACCUUCCAGGGAAGUGUUGAAAUCAACAAGGAUAGGUCAUACUGUGAACAAGAUGCGCCAACACUCAGAUUCAGAGGUGGCUGGUCUUGCCGGAGAUGUCUACACUGAAUGGAAAACGUUCAUUGAAAAACACUUGGAUAGACCACCUAUUGAAGUUCGAAGUGAUCCCAAAACAGAGUCCUUUAGGAAAAAUGCCAGAAAAUUACUGUCAGAAGCCUUGGAAUUAAAGAUGGAUCACCUACUGGUUGAAAAUAUUGAACGGGAAGCGUUUCAUCUCUGCUCCCGCCUCGUUAAUGGGCCAUACCGGCGGACGGUGAGAGCUCUGGUCUUCACAUUAAAGCACCAAGCCGAAAUCCAGGCGCAGGUGAAGAACGGCUCGCUGCCGGUCGGCACGUUUGUACAGACCCACAAAAAGUGACCUGAGAACGGGCCCAACCCUGGGCCAGGCAGAGAGCAAAAUGGGCCACUCUCUGCCAUUCAAAGACUCUUUUGAGCCUGGGUGAUGGCUGGUGCUGGCUGUGCUAAGUUUUCCCAUGGUGCCAAUCCUUCAGAGGGAGGCUGCAGAGAGCCGUGGGAGACAGGCCUGCAGGAAUAUGCUUCAUUAGCUGUCGCGUGCUGUUGCCGCCUAACAGGACAGCACACUGGCUGUCACUAGGAAGCACCAUACGGCUGCCAUCACCCAACACGCAGAAAGGGUGAUGGAUUUCACUGUGAGUACGCCAAGGACAUCUCUAAACUUCCCCCUGUCAGGCAGAUGAAGUUACUGCUUUAUUUCCCCACCCUGCAGGUAACUGAAACUCAAUUACUGCUGCUGCUCACUCGGUUCCAUCCCCCUGAGUUUAGAUAGCUCUGGUGCUUCUCAGAACUCCCCUUCUCUUCUCUUUGCUCUACCCCAGGGGUGAGGCUGGCAGAGCCAGCCAACUAGGCCUUCUUUCCAGAGCUCACUUAUCUGCACAUUUCAGCUCUCCCUGGAAGACCUCUGUGUUGGUCUCGGAGCCCCCAUGCUGUGGCUUCUAAUGAGGAACGGGCCUGCAGCUCCCCGCACCUCGGGCUUGAUUUGAAUGCAAUGGUGGCUUUCAGUUUAGGGCUCAGUGGAAGAUGCAUAAUGAAAUUUCUCUUGAAAUGAAUUAUUGUAGUAGGAAAAAAAGUACAUACAUACAGAAUGUAAAGUGAAGUACCUCUGUAUGGGCAUGUUUUGACCAAUGAUGUAAAGACUUUUUAAAA